UGUCGAUACUUUCCUGUAGCCUCUGUCUGGACGUUUUCCCUCACCCCUGCUCGCUGCCCUGCGGACACGUGUUCUGUUUACGAUGUCUACAACGUCACAUCGACGUCAGCAUAGAUAAACACAGCAACAACUUCCUGUGUACGCAUUGCAGGCAGAACGUGAACAUCCCAGAUCCGCGUCAACCGCCAUCUUCUUACGCCAGCCAAUUCCGCCACUUUCCCACUCCUGUGGACGCCAUAGAUGCUGUGGGAACUUUAAAACUUAGGUGAGGUCUCCUCCACUACAGCAGAAACAGAUCCCCUGACGCUUCAAAUUCGUUCAAUCAGCGAUCAGCUCAAGACGUGCUGCGGGUUUCUUGAAACCAACAUGGCGGCUGAUAUAGGACGACUACAGAACGUCGUUAACGUCAGCGCGACAGAGACUGCAGACGAGAUCGACAGAAGAGGGGAUGAAUUAAUUCAGAAAUACAGGUCCGUGCACAGGGAACAAGGCAAGGUAGACAGCUACACGGCAGCAGUACACGAGGAACUGGUCAAGAUCAAGAAAGAACUGGAAACAUCUCGAGUAUCCCUUAACAACGAAAUACGUGAACUAUUUUCACAACACAAAUAUCAAUGAAUGUGAACAAAUUAUGAUCUUGGCUGAAGACCUUCUUAUGUCGGGGUCAAAAAGCGACAUUCAAAAUAAUAUUUCAAAACUGAAAAAGAUACAAAGAGUAGCGUCUGAUUUUGUUGCCAAAAUUCGUUCAGAAUCUGAAAUUCCUGAUAUAAGAAUGUCUUUGAUUCAAACUGAAAAAUCCCAGUCUGAUAGUUUGUCCAUUAAUAUUGGUGAAAUUGCAAAACCUAACUUAAGAUCUGUCACUGAAACUCAGAUAAUGCAAUUACACACGUCCACGCCACUAACAAAUAGACAGACGGAUACACUAAAACACACAAACACAUUUAACACAAAGAUAAAAGCGACUCUAUCACACAUAUUUAAUCCCAAGAUAUCAGUUGAUAGAUAUAAUCCUGACCUCAGAUCCGUCUUAGUGUUGGAAGGGGAAAGAUCAAAGACAAUUGUUGUGUCUGAUUGUAACAAUGCAUGCGUGAAAUCAUUCUGUUCAGUGACGUCCGCACUAAGAAGUAAAUACAAGCUUAACAGCCAACCAGAUGGCCUUGCCAAGUCACCUGACCAGCAGGUUUUAGUGGCUGUGCCAAAUAAACGGCAAAUUUUGUAUCUGAGUAUACUAGAAGACAUUCGUCUAACAAACACACUGACAACUCAGAAAAAGUAUUACCAUCUAUGCGUGUUACCUAGCAACCGUCUGGCGGUCAGCGCAUUUAACUGGUACGGUGAGAGUGUGGACAUUCUGGGUGAGGGUGGUGACGUCAUCCGUUCUAUCCCCACCGAGCAGAUCUGUCAUCCUUGGUGUCUGGCAGUCAGAGGUGACUCUCUGAUCGUUUUGUCACAAUGGAACAAAGUACACUGUGUGGCCUCAUCGGGGAAUGUCACGUGGGAGUCACGUGAUUCGCCGAGACUUGUCCAUCUUGUCUGUGUCGCGUGCGAUGAGCUGGAGUUUAUUUAUGUAUGUGAUAUGAAAAGAGAGUGUAUUAUUCAAGUGUCACGUGACGGAGAGGUCAUGCGUGACGUCAUCAUACAGCAAGAUGGAUUGUCGAAACCUGUUCAUAUAUGUUGUGACGGGGAUAAACUUUAUGUGGCCCAGAAAAACGGAGACAUUAAAACAUUUACUUGGCACAAAGAUUAACAUAACGCUGAUGGGUUUUCUUACGACAUGUUUUAACCACGUGAUAUCGGUUACACUUGAAGUGAACAGAUUCGUACCAGAGGCACAUGCUGUACAGACAAACACAUGUUUACAAAAUGUGUUCAAAUACGAUCACCAAGACGCAGUGUAUUGUUAAAAAUAAUAUUGACCUAUAGUCUGUCCCACAGGGAACGUCUUUUUUUUCAUACUAUUAAAUUUACUACAUGUUACUACAUUCUGAUUGCACACAAAAUUAGUUGGGGUUUUUUCCAAACACUUACUUUUCUUCUUACGUCAAACCAAACUGAAAUUAUUUACAAAAAACAUGUUUAUAGAAUGAUGGGACGGACUACAUAGUAAUAGAGCUCUCUGUGCGUCUGCGGAGCCUCGUGUCAAAGGAGGAAGCUAAAUCGUGAGGAGAAGGAAAGAAGUAAACAAAAUGGACUGCAGUUUCUAAGUGGUAUAAUUUGAAUCAUCCUAAACUAGUAUUAGGAUAUUUUAUUUACAGGAUUAAUACUUUUUUACGAUCCCAUGACUUAUUUUUGCUAGAAAGAAGAUUGGAUAUUCUUAUAUAGUCCGUUCCAUCAUUAUACACAAUUUGUUUUUGUUUUUUAAAUCAUUUCAGUUUGGUUUGACGUAAGAAGAAAAGUAAAAGUAUUUUAGAAAUAACAAAGAAAUACUAAGUUUGUGUGCAAUAUACAAUUCAAUCGGCUCAGAAAUAAAUAACUUGUAGUAAAUUUCAUAGCAUGGGCCCUUCAACGGUAAUUUUCACAGGCCUAUUUGACUAAUGGUACAAAUUGUUACUUCUUUCAAAAUAAGGCCUAAUAAGUAAUAUUUUGUCUAAAAUUAUUAAAAACAAAAACAUAAAAAGUCGUAGUGUGCCUA